CCCCCCCGCGCCGCCGCCGCCGCCGCCAUGGAGCCGGGUUCGCGCGCGGGCUGAAAGUCCCGCGCAGCUUCCGCGCAGCCGCGCGCGCCCGGCGCCGCCAAAGGCCAUUUUGGGCCGCUCGCGACGCCCCUGUGACGGUGACACCAUCCCGCAGCUCCCGCCCCGGCCUCAGAAGACCCAGCCUGCACCCGGCCUCCGCCGAUGAACCCCAUGAACCCCAUGAAACCCUCCCUGCCGCCUGCGCCCCACGGUGAUGGUUCAUUUGCAUAUGAGGCUGUUCCUUGGCAACCGAGCACCAAUCAGCCGGCGGGAUCCCUCUCCGUGGUAACCACCGUCUGGGGUGUCAGCAACACCUCCCAGAGCCAGGUUUUCGGCAACCCCAUGGGUCCUGGGGGAAGCAGCUCCAGCACCCCGCUGCUGCCUGGUAUGGCCGGCACCGGCUCAGGUAUGAGCUCGCCGCCAUUCCUGCCUCAGCAGCCCUUUGCUGAGGGGGCACCUGGGAAGGGCUACGUGCAGCCGGGCGUCUACAGCCGCAGUGCCUACCCUGGCGGGCCAGGCUUCGCUGCUGGCUACGCUGGCAGCCCUGGUGGCCCCGGUGGGAUGGGGCUCCCCUCGCACGCCAGCCGGCCCCCCGCCGAUUUCACCCAGGCAGCUGCUGCUGCUGCCGUGGCCGCCGCCGCUGCCACCGCCACAGCCACAGCUACAGCAACGGUGGCAGCACUGCAGGAGAAGCAGAGCCAGGAGCUGAGCCAGUACGGUGCGAUGGGUGCUGGGCAGCCCUUCAGCAGCCAGUUCCUGCCUCAUGCCGGACCCCGUGGCCCGGCCGGCAUGAGCCCGGCUAGCAUGGCAGGUGUCAUGGCUUCCUCUGGCAUCUCCCCUGUGAGCAUGAGCCCUGCACGGGCACCUGGUGCUAGUGUCCUUUAUGGAGGGCAGCGGGUCCCCCAGCACAGUUACCCUGGUCCCACCCCGAGCCAGCAGCUCCCCCGCCAGGGCCUCAAGCGGGCGUACUCCAACGAGGGGUACCCGGCCCAGCAGUACCUCCAGGGUGGGCAGUAUGCUGCAGCUGGGGCCCAGUAUGCGCCCAGCGCCCCCCAGCCCUCUGCUCCGUCACCCUCCUACCCCGGCCACAGGCUGCAGCAGGGCAUGAGCCAGUACCUCUCCGCCUCGGGCAGCGCUGGACCCUAUUACAAGCCAGCUGACCAGUUCAACGGGCAGAAUGCCGGCUUUGGCACCUACAGCCAGGCAGCCGUCAACGGGCCGGGCCGGUCUAUGCCGGGGUACCCCAGCUCGCCGCUGGCCGGGAACCCCACACCACCCAUGACACCGGGCAGUGGCAUGCCUCCCUAUGUGUCCCCCGGUCAGGACGUCAAGUCACCCUUCCUGCCAGACAUGAAGCCCAGCGUCACCUCCCUGCACCCGUCCCCCUCUGGGCCGGCGCCCGGCGAGGAGCUGCGGCUGACGUUCCCGGUGCGGGAUGGCGUGGUGCUGGAGCCCUUCCGCCUGCAGCACAACCUGGCCGUCAGCAACCAUGUCUUCCAGCUGCGCGACUCCGUCUACAAGACCCUCAUGAUGAGGCCUGACCUGGAGCUGCAGUUCAAGUGCUACCACCAUGAGGACCGGCAGAUGAACACCAACUGGCCAGCCUCUGUGCAGGUGAGCGUCAACGCCACCCCGCUCACUAUUGAGCGCGGUGACAACAAGACCUCCCACAAGCCGCUCUACCUGAAGCACGUCUGCCAGCCUGGCAGGAACACCAUCCAGAUCACCGUCACCGCCUGCUGCUGUUCCCACCUCUUUGUCCUGCAGCUGGUGCACCGGCCCUCGGUGCGCUCAGUGCUGCAGGGUCUCAUCAAGAAGCGCCUGCUCCCUGCUGAGCACUGCAUCACCAAAAUCAAGCGCAACUUCAGCAGCGGGACAAUCCCCGGGACCCCAGGACCAAAUGGCGAGGAUGGUGUGGAGCAGACGGCCAUCAAGGUGUCCCUCAAGUGUCCCAUCACCUUCCGGAGGAUUCAGCUCCCAGCCAGGGGCCAUGACUGCCGGCACAUACAGUGCUUCGACCUGGAGUCCUACCUGCAGCUCAACUGUGAGAGGGGGACAUGGCGGUGUCCUGUCUGCAAUAAAACGGCUCUGCUGGAGGGGCUGGAGGUAGACCAGUAUAUGCUGGGCAUCCUGAUCUAUAUCCAGAACUCGGAGCACGAGGAGAUCACAAUCGACCCGACCUGCAGCUGGAAACCUGUCCCAGUUAAACCUGACAUCCAUGUCAAGGAGGAGCCAGAGGGGCCAGUGCUGAAGCGGUGCCGGACUCUCAGUCCCACGCACAUGGUGCUGCCCAGCAUCAUGGAGAUGAUUGCGGCCCUGGGACCCAGCUCUGCACCCUUCCCGGCACUGCCGCCAACGCCGGCAGGUGCUGCUGCCGACUAUGGUGCCCCAGGUUCCAGUUUUCCAGGACCUGGGGGCUUCCCAGAGCCAUUCCCUCCUCCUGGCCCCCCAGGCACACCAACGCUGAGUGACUUCACACCGGGACCCCCCCCCAUUUCCUACCAGUCCAACAUCCCUGGUGGCCUCCUGGCCCCUGAGAAGCCCCCUGGACCCCCUCUCCCCACACAGCUGCCCCCACCGGGACGGAUGGAGCCGUCCCACCCACCAGUGCAACCAGGACUGCACAACCCUGCUCCAGGCAGCCAGCCAGCACAGCCGCUGCACCACCGGAACGCACCGGCACGGCCUCCCCUGGGCCCCUCCCGCCCGGCACAUGCCACCGACCUCUCCUUCCCCCCCGCGCCCGGCAUGGCCGGGACGGGUGAUGGGUCCGAGCCUGCCCUCGACGUGAGUACCCCAGGCGGGGUCGCUGGGGGUCCCGCUGCCGGUUUGGGACCCCGGCUGCCAUGGGGCGGGUGGGGAGGAGCUGCGGGGGAGCCGGUCAUCACACGCUUGCGCCCCCAGCUCCUGCCCGAGCUGACGAAUCCUGAUGAGCUGCUUUCCUACCUGGGCCCCCCCGACCUCCCCAGCAGCAGCAACGAUGACCUCCUCUCCCUCUUCGAGAACAACUGAGCCAGCCUCACACCCCAGUAUGGGACUGGGGGACAGCACUGGUGUGCCUCUGCCUGCCGCAGAGCCGGGACACUCCCUAACAAGGGGGCUUCCCUGGGAGGGAUGUGAUGGGAUGGACGGAGGGAUGGGCUCAGCCCUGCCAGAAGCACAAGGCUGUACAUAGUGUAGAAACACUACUGCCCCCCCGUAUUUAAAGGCAAGCGCGUCGUGCGGGCCCUCUAUCAAUGUGCAUAUGCCGCUUCCCCUUGUAACACGCCCUGGCGGGAGGGGGGUGUGCGGUGUGUGGGGCUCGGCCCCCGCAGCUGCCCCGCGCCCCCCCCCCCGCCGCUGCGCAUCCUUGUACCGUCUCCGUAUCGCUGCCUAUUAAAGGAUUUCGUUUUGGCGGG